AUGGCAUGUGGUGGAAGCUUAAAAAUGCUGAAGGUAUUGAGAGAAGCUGGAGCAAAACUCAAUGUUCGUGACUCACGCGGAAGAACUGCCGCUCACUAUGCAGCAAUGGCAUCACACACCGAGUUGCUGAAGGCCAUAAUAGAGGUUGACAAAUGUUUCGUCAAUGGAGCUGACAAAGAUGGUUACACACCUUUACACUAUGCCGUUCAAAAUAGUCAGAAUGUGAAAAGUAUUGAACUGUUAUUAGAAAAUGGUAGUGACGUAACUCUAGCUGCUCAUGAUGGUACUACAGCAUUACAUAUAGCUGCUACUCUAGCGGAAUCAGCCAUACCGAUUGAAUAU